GCCUUCUCCUCUUUCCCUUCUCCUCCCGAUCUCCUCGUAGCUCAAACCCUAGAUCGCCGCGGCACCGUUACACCCCGUGAGGCCGCCUCCUCCUAUCUGUCGUCCCGAUCUCCAGCCGAGACCUCGAACAGUCGCGGCUUCGCCUCUCUCCUGCGCGCUCGUCCCCGUCGAGGCGGGGCACGAACGGCGUCCACCUCGUCGGCUACUGCAAUACUGCCGUCCACUUCGUCUCCGUGGUCGGCCACUGCAUCCAGCGCAAGUUCCAGGGGGGAGGGGGCAUCAAGGUGCGUUCGUAGGUGCGCUAAGCGACAGUGCGCAGUCGCCGGGAGCUCGAGAGCGGCUUCUGUCCUUCAACUCCAGCCGCCACUCCCCUCGCUGCUCUGCCCCUCCCCACCGCCCUAAUCCCCUCCCAAUCCGCGGCGAGCACCGUUCAGCGACGAUGAGCAGUGUGCCUAUAGAUUCAGACGUCCUUUCCUUGACCUCCACCAACGUCCCGCUCCUGGUCCCUAGAAAACUUGUGGUGGCUCACACGCCUGGCAUUCCUAAACGGUAUGAGCUUCUCUUGAAGCAUUUGACUUAUCUUUUGUGCUGUGACAAUGAAGGGAAGUCUUAUGUCUGUUGCUCGAAUCAAAGGAUCAUGUUUCUAAGGUGGAGUAAGGCAGACAUGUGCCUGUUUUUUGAGUGGGAAGAAGAGGAGGAGCAGAUGAUUUGCUGGAUGCAUGAUAUUGCCAACAAUGUCUGCAUGAAGUUCCUUCUUAAUCCAGCAAUAAUACAUGGAAAAAAUUUCAUCACAGCCAAACGACCCGCAAUUGCUUUUUCAUCCGAUUUGAGUAACACUGAAGUGAAAAAAAGGCUCAUUACUAUCUUUGGCUCUUCAGAGAAUGAAGAUUUACUAAAAAGUGAUCAUCUAUUUGUUUUCACCACAACUGGAUCUUCAUUAUGUUUCAGGAAUUUCAAGGUAUUGAAUCCUACUAGCAGAUUUUCAGUUUUUAUUGCGGUGAUAUCUGGCAAUCUAGCUUUUUUGGCCUCACAGUAGUUUCAAACCAACCUGUUCUUGCCAUUUGUUAAGACCCUAGGAGUCUUUUCCCCUCCAACCUUUACGAGUCGAAGAGUCAACGAGUCGUUCGAAGGAUGAGGCUUAUAGACUAAUCGAAACUAGGCGACAUGGUACUGUAGCACACAAUAUAAUUUAUACUAUAUAUAACAAUAGCACAGUAUUACAGACAAUACAAAUAGAAUGCAUGGAAGUUUGAUGAAGAACCUGAGGCUGUGCCAAUUGUAAUAUCCAGUGGCCAGGGCCUUUGCUUCUCCACAAACCUACAAAGCAUGGACACCGCAGAAGUUGCCGAAUCCCCGUGCUGACACGGCGGGACACGGGGACACGCUCAGACACGCAGGGAUACACGUAUCCCGGCGUAUUUCCCGAAUUAAGAAUUAAAAGAAAGAAAGAAAAAGGGAGGACACGGCUGGGACACGAAAGGGAUACGACGCAACGCUGGAUCUGGAGCACCCUACCGCCGCCGCGCUGCUGCUUCUUUGCCCACGCCGCCGUGCUGCUGCUGCGCCCUUGCCACCGCGGUGCUGCUGCUGUCGCGCCCGCGCCGCCGCCGUUGCUGCUGCUGCAUACCCCGCUGCAGCGUGGGCCGCUGCCGCUGCUGCAGCAAGAGGAGCACGCUGGGAGGAGGGCGGUGGCCAGAGCUGCUGGCCUGCUGCGGGGUAGAUGAGAGAUCCACCGCUGGAAGGAGUUUGGCGGCUUGGUCAAAGCGUUAGGGCAGAGAGAGAUAGGGUUUGAGUUUUAAAGGUGCAGGUUAAUCUGUAGCAUCCAGUUGGUCUUGAAACGGCACUAGCUGGGCUGGCCCAACUACUAAUGGAUCAUCUUCUUUGUGGCCCAGUUACUGCUGAAUGGGGCAAUCUCUUUCUCGUUAUUUUUUCGUCUUUAACUCUAUAUUACAUGGCAUUUUUUUUAUUUUUUUAUAUAUACUUGCCGUGUCCCCGAUGGGCUGUUUUUGGAAAAUGCCGUAUCCCGUGUCCCCGUAUGCGUGUCGCCGUGUCCGUGUCCCCGUAUCCGUGCUUUUUAGCCACAAACCAGCACUAGCAGCCUACAAAAGAUAAAAGCAAUCAGAUUUGCACUAUCAAACAGAUAAACACUCAAGCAAUGGCAUAAGAAAAAAGUCAGCACUCCAAGGAUAUAUGAAGAACCGAAGAUAGCAAAUAAAUAUGUUCACACAGCAUCACAAGACCAACAUAAGUGGUCUGAGUUACAAAAUAAAGGAGGUCAUCAUGGAAAUAGAGAGGUUCAACAACACCACAAGUUCAGUCCAGCAAAAGCAAUUAAAGAUACACAUCUUCAAGCCUCAAAUCAGUCCAGAUUGAUAUCUCUAUGUCUUCAUCAUUUGUCUUCAUCAUUUGUCUCCAUGUCACUAUCAAUAUCUCCAGCUUCCAGUUCAGCCCUCAACUCCUCAUCAUUGAUGACCGGAUUUGGCCUUUGAGUAUAAACCAUAUGAGGGCCAGUGGGUCAAAACUAGACUUGACUCACUAAAAUCACCGCGAGCCCUCCUUGGAACAUGGCGUCCACUUAGACCAUCUGUCGCACCAACAGCCUCAUCAACUUGGGACCAAAGUAGUGGAUUAUCAUUGUUAGCUUCAUUUUGUUGAACCAAUUCAGCACUGACAUCAACCCACUCAUUAUCCCACUGACAUUCUUCUAGGGUAAGUGCAUUAGCCCUCUUUCCUUUGCAACCUUGCUCACUUAACUUUUGAAACCUAGUUGUCAUUUGCCUGUUGUAAGAGACAUAGGCUAGCUUAUUCAAUCUCUUAUACUCCAAGCAGUUUCUUCCUUUGGUAUGGAUCUGCAAGCAAAUUCUUUGGUGAGAAGGUGCUGCACUUAGCUAUCAAACCAUCCAAUUGGUAGUUACUUACAUGAUUAAAUACACUCCAAUUGCGCUCGCAGCUGGAAGAGGAACAGCAUAGACUAAUGAUUCGAUUUGCAUAAGAUUGGAGAUCAUAAGCAACGCCACCAUAUGCACUAUCACCAUCUACAAUUCUCAUUACAUACUGGCAUUGCUGGCAUCUCAUCACCAUCUACAAUUCUCAAAGCUUGAAGAAUGGGUUGUGAAGCUCUCGUGCAAUUCUCCACCGAUUGCCAAAACGUCACAGAGAGCAUGGUUUUUUCAGCCAUCUUCCCUGGUGUGGUGGUCUUCAACUUGUCUGCAUGCCAUUCUAUGCAUGCCAUUCUAUGCUAACAAAGAGAGCUUUCAGAUGAUGGCGUUGUUGCAACAUGCUGACCAGUGUGAGGAAUGCUGUUGCAAAACGAGUUGCUCCAGGCCUCACAAGAUCUCUCUUACCAUUCAAGCUUCUCAUUUGAUCAAGAACCCUACCAUGGGCAUAAAUAAAUCUGGUUGUUCUCUUUGCUUUAGCAAUGCAAUCACUAAAUUCUCUUAUCUUUCCAAUGCCCUCUAGCAUAAGAUCCAAACAGUUGGCAGCACAAGGUGUCCAAUACAAAUUUGGAUACUUAUCCAUUAGAAAUCUCCCGGCUGCCUAGUAAUCGGAACCAUUGUCGCCAACCACCUGGACUACCAAUUCAGGCCCAAUUGCCUCAAUCUGCUCACUCAGUAAUGUUGCAACUAACUCAGCAGUAACGGACUCAGAAGAAACAUUAGAUGUCCCUAAAAAGAAUGUACCUUCAGGACUAUUUGGCGAGAAAAUCGAUCAAGUGUCGCCCGUCCACCCACUGGACAUGAGAGUGCAACCAUAUUCCUUCCAUGCCAAUUGAUGCUUCUCAACUUGUCGGUCUUUAGCUUCGCCUUCUGAAGCAACGGUAUCCUCACAUCAUGGUAAGAAGGUGAUAUAUAAUCAGAUCCAUACUGUCCUAUAGACUCCAACAUAAUCUCCUAACUUCUUGAAUUAAUACUCCCUCCGUCCCAAAAUAAGUGUCUCAAGCUU